AUGUCUUGUAGGAGUGUCUUUGGUUUGGUUAUAAGCCUGCUCUCCACAUUUUUGUUGGUUCAUGGAGUUUCUUCAGUAGAAUAUGGGGUAGCUCUGACCAAAUCCUUGUUGUAUUUUGAGGCUCAACGAUCAGGGAAGCUGCCAUCUAACCAGAGAGUGAAAUGGCGGGGAGAUUCUGGGCUUCAUGAUGGUAGCGAUGGAGGAGUUGAUCUUGUGGGAGGAUAUUACGAUGCCGGGGACAACGUAAAGUUCGGUUUUCCGAUGGCAUUCACAAUAACCAUGCUUUCCUGGAGCGCAAUAGAUUUCCAAGCACAUCUCAAUGCUAAGAAGGAGCUUUCAAAUGCACUGCACGCCAUCAAGUGGGGCACGGAUUACCUGAUCAAAGCACAUCCCAAGCCAAACAUUCUCUAUGGCGAAGUCGGUGACGGCGAUUCUGAUCAUGAAUGUUGGCAGAGACCAGAAGAUAUGACAACCCCACGCACAUCUUUUAAGAUUGACGAUCAGCAUCCGGGCUCUGAUCUUGCUGCUGAAACUUCUGCUUCUCUCGCCGCUGCUUCUAUUGCUUUCAAGCGAAUAGACUCCAAUUAUGCUUCCCAGCUUUUAAACCAUUCAAAACAGCUCUAUGAUUUUGCACGCAAUCACCGGGGGUUGUACCAAAACAGCAUUCCUGUAGCAGGAAAAUUCUACAGCAGCAGUGGAUUUGAGGAUGAAUUGUUGUGGGCGGCUGCAUGGCUUCAUCGUGCCACCGGCGACCAAACUUACCUAGAUUUCCUCGGCGGAACAGGGAACACUGGUGGCACCAGAUCCAUGUUUUCGUGGGAUGACAAGUUCGUCGGCGUACAGGUCCUAGCGGCCAAGCUUGUUUUGGAGGGGAAGGUUGGGCGUUCAGGCAGAUGGAAGGAGUACAAGUGGCAGGCAGAGCAGUUCAUAUGCUCGUGUCUUAAGAAAGGCAACCGUAAUAUUUUGAAGUCGCCGGGGGGUUUGCUGUGGUUUCAACCCUGGAGUAACCUUCAAUACACGGCCACCGCCACAUUCAUUGCGGUAGUUUAUUCCGACUAUCUCACCGCCAAAAAGGCUUCCGUCCAAUGCCUUGGUGGCAUUGUACAGCCCUCUGAACUAAUUGCGUUUGCCCAAUCACAGGUGGAUUAUAUAUUGGGUGAAAAUCCAAAAAAGAUGAGCUACAUGGUAGGAUUCGGGUCAAAGUAUGUGGAACAAGCUCAUCACAGAGGAGCAUCCAUUGAAUCCAUAAAGAAGAAGCCUGAACCUGUGACAUGCAAAGGAGGGUUCGACUUAUACUUCAACAAGAACCAGCCCAACCCAAAUGUCUUGGAGGGUGCAGUCGUUGGAGGCCCCGAUGUGAACGAUCGCUACACCGACUCCAGAUCUAACUUUCAACAGGCCGAACCCUCAACUGUUAUCACUGCACCACUCGUCGGCGUUCUCGCUCGCCUUGCCUCGUGA